ACUGUCAAAUGCUUUGAAUUUGCUCGCUAUUUUUCAGUGCUGCAGAACUCUGAUGGCGUUUUAUUGCAUUUAUUAUUUCGAGAGAUACAUACGUAGAGGAUGGAAAGAAUGCGAAUAUUGGAAAACAAUGCAAACGAAAUUAGCUGCUUUUACCAUUAUACGGGGAAAAUAUUAGGUAACGUGCACUUCGAGAUUUCCGAAAAGAAAAAUACUGGAUUGUAACAAAAUUCUUAGUACUUUGCGUACAACUAGUUGCAGAUCUGAAGCUGAUAAAUUCCUAAAAUUAUGCCCCAGUCUUUGAGUUUCUUUAGAAAUUAAUGAUGGUGCUUAAAGAAUACAGCAGGACCCCUCAAAACAGCCUGAAUUCGAAUCGCAGUUUCGGUGCUAUAUACUCCGAAGAAAAAGAUGCCGUAUGCAUUGCGAAAAGUCCAUUCAAAGAAAAUGGAUCUAAGGACUUCAGCAAAAUUUCUCCAGUUACUCCACAGUCGGAUACUACUCCAGCUAAAAGGGAGACUGGUGAAGUACACAUGCUUAGCAAACCUCUGAGGGACCAUAAAGAACCAUCUCUUUCAGAUCUUAGUCUUGUAGAUUCUGGUGAUAAAACAUUCUCUUCUCCUCCACAGGCAGCUCAUGACAUUUGCCAAUCCAUUCCUGAACCCGAGCCUUACUCUUUUUCAAAUACUACAUGCCUCAACGACGCACAAUUGUCCAGGCAACCUGCUCCUUUAAUACAAGUACGAAAUUCUGAUAUUGUUCCUUGCCGUUCAAGGCAAAUUUAUAACACGUUACCUGUUAUCAUUUCUUCUGAAAAUUCUCAUGAAGUUUCAGACUGUAAAUAUUCAUCUUUAAUGCCCAAUGAAACUCAUCCUGUAUCAAACACUUCUUGCAGUGCUUUUUCAAAUAAUAUUUCAUUUAACGGACUAAAUGGCAAACAUCCAGAAACGACUGGUGAUAACUGCAACAAACUAGAAGCAGAAGUAUCCAGUAAUACAGGCUUACCAUUACCUGUAUCUGCCGAUGCUGCAUGUGUUAUUGCCGCCAAUGGUAAACUUACUUCGCAGUCCGAAAUUGACCAUGGACAUGGAAAAGAAUCUUUCUCAUCGAGUUCUGUGACAACAAAAUGUUCUAUGAAUAGGCAACCAGAUGUGAAUACUAAAUUAACUUGGGAACCUCCAUUUUACACGAAAGGUUCUAGGAGUUCUUCUUUUGAUCACACUUCUUCUUUUCACAAAGAACUGGAAGAGGUUUCUGAAAGAGACUCGUACCAAAAUGUUGAAAAAACUCUCCGGAAAACUUCCUUGCCACUUAACAUUUCCGAACCGGAAGUUUCCGUGUCCACACCUGAACUUUGGAUGAUGAGUGGACCUAUGAGGACUUUCGUCAGAUGCGGACGAAAUUCUAUGCCAAGAAUUACGUACAGUAAGUCUAAAGACACGCACACUGUUUCCGCCAGUGGUGAAGGACGUCCUAUAUAUCCUUCGCUGCCAUUCUCUCCCUUUUGUUCUCCCAAUUCUUCGCCAAGGCUUCCUAGGCAUCAGCCAAUAGAAUCUAGAAAAGUAUAUCUGGAACCCAAUUCAAGUUAUGAACAACUCAACAACUAUACAGUGAAAGGUAAAAUCAGUCAAGGAGCUUUCGGCAUAGUUAAGCUGGCAUACAAUGAAGAAGACAAUACCCAUUACGCAAUGAAGGUUUUGUCAAAGAAAAAGCUAAUGCGGAGAGCUGGAUUAUAUGGUAGGGUGCCACCUUCUAGAGAUGGUCAGAAAUCUCGCAUUGGUCCUCUUGCACAGAUAUACAGAGAAAUUGCUAUACUGAAAAAGCUCAACCACCCCAAUAUUGUUAAAUUGCACGAGGUAUUAGAUGAUCCUGACGAAGACAACUUAUACAUGGUCUUCGAACUCGUUCAAAGAGGCCCUGUGAUAAAUGUACCUACUAAUAGCCCGUUAUCUGAAAUGAAAGCAUGGCAAUAUUUCCGGGAUAUUGUUAUGGGUAUUGAGUACCUGCAUUUCCAAAAAAUUGUUCACAGAGAUAUCAAACCGUCCAAUUUGUUACUCAGUGAUGAUGACAGAAUACAAAUUUCAGACUUCGGAGUUUGCAACCAGUUUGAAGGUGUGGAUGCGUUUUUGUCUGACACGGCCGGCACUCCUGCCUUUGUUGGUCCAGAAGUUUUGAAAGGUACCAGAGAAGUCUACAGUGGAAAGGCACUAGAUAUCUGGCAAAUGGGAAUCAGUCUGUACUCAUUUGUCUACGGAGAUGUACCCUUUACUGACACAAAUAUUUUGGCUCUUUACACCAAGAUAAAGUCUUCUCCUGUACCAUUUCCAGACACAUACAGUGUUAGUGAGAGCUUGAAACACCUAUUGAGUCGAAUGUUGGAGAAGGAUCCAAAACAAAGAAUAACCUUAAAAGGAAUAAAGGAGCAUAAGUGGGUUACUAGAAAUGGUCUCAGUCCUCUUCCAAGUGAACAAGAAAACUGCAAGGCAAUUGAAGUAACUCAAGAUGAUAUAGAAAAAUCUAUCCAGUCAGUCCCUAAAUUAGGCACUUUAAUCCUUGUAAAGAGCAUGUUAAAGAAGCAUUCAUUCAGCAAUCCAUUUAAAUACAGCAAUGUUUAUGGCAAGAAACUUUCUGCAAGCACAUCUGGAGCUUCAUCCUCAGAAACAUCACUUUUAGAAAAGUAAAUAUUUUUGCGAAUGAGAA